GUUCUUUAUGCCAUCUAUUCUUUAAUUUAUUUUCAAAUUAAUGAUAAAAGACAAUAAAUGAAGUAAUCAACAAGUAAAUAAAUGCACAGUGCUGCUCUUAUCUCAUUGCUUGUUUUCCAUUAGUGAUCUCUAAACGCUUAAAGUGUACACUUUGGUAUAUUAUACCAGAAUUUGUUUACUAUUUCUAAUAUAAAAACAAAAAUUGAAUAUGAAUUCACAGGCUAUAAAUCGGCGAGUGCUAUCUAUACAAAGCCAUGUAGUUUUCGGUUAUGUGGGCAACAAGAGUGCUACAUUCCCAUUACAGGUACUUGGUUUCGAAGUAGAUGCCAUAAAUUCUGUACAAUUCUCAAAUCACACGGGCUAUGACGUCUUUAAAGGUCAAGUGUUGCAGGAAAAAGAGUUGGCGGAUUUAUUUGAAGGUUUGGAAAAAAACAAUCUCCUUGAUAAUUACUCACAUUUAUUGACCGGUUACAUUGGAAAUGCAUCAUUUCUACGACAAGUGGCACAAAUAUUAAAAAAAUUACGUCAGGCCAAUGCUAAUUUGAUAUAUGUGUGUGAUCCAGUAAUGGGUGACGAUGGUACUAUGUAUGUACCUAAGGAGCUGUUGCCGAUUUAUCGUGACGAAAUUAUACCACUUGCUGAUAUAAUCACACCGAAUCAAUAUGAAGUAGAAUUGCUGACAGAACGGAAAAUAAAUACUGAAGCAGAUAUUUGGGCGGCGGUGGAAUGGUUUCAUGAACGUAAUAUUGAUACUGUGGCUAUUUCAAGCAGUGACUUAGGCAAACCUGGAGAAUUACGUGCAUUUAUUAGUAAAAAAAAUGGGCCACGAUUUGCUAUUAAUAUACCACGACAAGGGGUUAAUAUAUCAUUUACUGGUACUGGUGAUCUGUUUGCUUCGUUAUUCUUGGCACAUAGUUAUGAGACAACGGACUUAGGAAUAGCUUUAGAGAAAACCAUUGCAUCUUUGCAAGCUGUUAUUAAACGUACUUUGGAAAUGAUGCCGACUAAUAUGCGGGAGGGUAAAUGUAAGGUUACCUCAAAAGAGAGAGAACUUAAGCUAAUACAAAGCAAAGAUGUUAUUGAAAAUCCUUCAGUGGUGCUAAAAGCUGAACAAAUUCUUUAAAUUCUAUUAUUUGUUAUUGUUAUAAAUGUUAUGAGAUUUUUUUUAUAGAAAUAUUUACUAUUUUAUAAUCAAUGGGAUUUUUGUGUAAUGACCAUAAUGUAUUAUACUUAUACAUAUACUCAUAUAUA